UAAGGUGGCGCGGGGCCGCCCGGCGACCCCCGGCUCCUGCUGGGCGAGGGCGGCCGGGCCCGGCUGGGACCCCGCGUCACAGCGCACCGGGGGCCCCGGCUCGGCCGGGCGCUGUCAGGCCGCCUCCGUCUGUGCUCUCGGUGCCCCCGCGCUGCCCCGCCGGCGGCCGGUGCCGUGUCCACCCGGGGCGGCGGCUACGCUCCCGGGGGUGCUCCGGGGGGCGGGGGUGCUCCCGAUCCCUAGGGCUGCCGGCGCGGCUCCGCUCCCGUCCGUCCCCGGCUCCGGGACAUGCGGGAGGGGGGACCCGGGGCAAGGGAGGGGCCCGGGGGGGCGAGCGGGGCAGCGAGGGCUGGGGCAGCGACACGGCGGACGCCUCCCGGGUGCCUCCGCUCGGCCCCGGAGCAGCGGGUCCAGGCCCGCCCCGUCCCCGGGGACCCCCUCGGUCCCGCGCACCGCUGAGCGGUCGGGGCGGCGCGGCCGCCGCCUCUUCGGGCUGCCGGUUGCCCGGGGGCUGCCCCCCUCCUACCUCCCGCGGGGACGCGCCACCUUAAACGGGCGCCGGCGGACGGGGCGCUCGGGGCCGGCGGCAGCUCCGGGCCCCGCUGGGGCCGCCCGUCCCCGCCCCGCCCCGGCCCCAUGGGGGGCGAGCCGAGACCCCGCGCCCCCCACCCGCCCUCCCGCCGGCAGCCGCCAUCGCCCCGCCUGAGCCGCCCGCCGCCCCCCCGCCGCCGGCGCCCAGGCGAGCGCCCCCCCAGCGUCCCCGGAGCCCGGCGGGGGCGGGGAGACGGGCGGGGAGCGGGGUCCGGGCAGCGGGGGGUCCGGGGCGGGCGCCCGGGCCCUCAGGAUGUUCCCGCAGGGACGGCACCCGACCCCCCUCCAGCCCGGGCAGCCCUUCAAGUUCUCCGUCCUGGAAAUCUGCGACCGCAUCAAGGAGGAAUUUCAGUUCCUGCAGGCGCAGUACCACAGCCUGAAGCUGGAAUGUGAGAAGCUGGUGAGCGAGAAGACGGAGAUGCAGAGACAUUAUGUCAUGUACUAUGAGAUGUCCUACGGGCUGAACAUCGAAAUGCACAAGCAGGCAGAGAUCGUCAAGAGACUGAGUGCCAUCUGCGCCCAGAUUAUGCCCUUUCUGACGCAGGAGCACCAGCAGCAGGUCCUGCAGGCCGUGGAGCGGGCCAAGCAGGUGACCAUGGGGGAGCUGAACAGCAUCGUCGGGCAGCAGCAGCUUCAGCAUCUCUCCCACCACGCGUCCCCCAUCCCGCUGACACCCCACCCCUCCGGCAUGCCCGGGGCCAGCGGCACCUCGGGGCUCCUGGCCCUCUCGGGGGCAUUGAUGGCCCAGUCCCAGCUGGCCGCCAAGGAGGACAGAGUGGCCCAGGAUGGGGAGAACAGAGAGCGCACCCCAAGCCGGAGCGUUUCUGCUUCCCCUCCCGAGAGCCCGCAGGACGAGGAGCGGACGGGAGGCGCGGAGCUGAAGCGGAAGCGGGAGGAGAAGGACCUGCCUGGGCAUUAUGAUAGCGAUGGGGACAAGAGCGACUACAACCUGGUGGUGGAUGAGGACCCCCCCUCAGAGCCCGGCAGCCCCGGCCACACACCCAGCAGCCGGCUCCCGUCAGCCGGCCAGGAGAUGCCCGAGAGCCCUGCCUCCAUCGCCUCCAGCCGGAGCACGACGCCCCUCAAGCCGAAGGACCAGAGUCUGACCGACCCCCCCGCCGGCGCUCCCUCCUCCAAGCCCCCGGCUGCCUCCUCGUCGCCCCGCGACUCCCCCGGGCCCAGCUCGGCCGCCCCGCUCCGGCUGCCCCCCGCCAAGGCACCGGCCACCGACGGCAUCACUCUCCGCAGCCCGCUGAGCGUGUCCAGCCCCUACGCGUCCUCCUUUGGGAUGGUGCCUCACGCCACCCUCAACGGGGAGCUCCCAGCCCCCAGCAUGUACAUGGGCAUCCACCUCUCGCCGCAGGUCAGCGGCGCCGUGAUGUACGGCCGCUCCCCGAUGGUGGCUUUUGAGUCGCACCCUCACCUGAGGGCUUCCACCAUCUCAUCUUCACUCUCCACCAUCCCCGGAGGGAAACCCGCCUACUCCUUCCACGUCAGCGCCGACGGGCAGAUGCAGCCCGUGCCUUUCCCCCCCGACGCCCUCAUCGGCUCCGGCAUCCCCCGCCACGCGCGGCAGCUCCACACCCUGACCCACGGCGAGGUGGUCUGCGCCGUCACCAUCAGCAGCUCCACGCAGCACGUCUACACCGGGGGCAAGGGCUGCGUGAAGGUGUGGGACGUGGGGCAGCCGGGCACCAAGACGGCCGUGGCUCAGCUGGACUGUUUGAACCGCGACAACUACAUCCGCUCCUGCAAGCUGCUCCCCGACGGCCGCAGCCUGAUCGUGGAGGGGGAGGCCAGCACCCUCUCCAUCUGGGACCUGGCGGCCCCCACGCCCCGCAUCAAGGCUGAGCUCACCUCCUCUGCCCCCGCCUGCUACGCCCUGGCCAUCAGCCCCGACGCCAAAGUCUGCUUCUCCUGCUGCAGCGACGGCAACAUCGUGGUGUGGGACCUGCAGAACCAGACCAUGGUGAGGCAGUUUCAAGGCCACACGGAUGGUGCCAGCUGCAUCGACAUCUCCAACUAUGGCACCAAGCUGUGGACGGGGGGGUUGGACAACACGGUGCGGUGCUGGGACCUGCGGGAAGGGCGUCAGCUGCAGCAGCACGACUUCAGCUCCCAGAUCUUCUCCCUGGGCUACUGCCCCACGGGAGAGUGGCUGGCGGUGGGCAUGGAGAGCAGCAACGUGGAGAUUCUGCACGUCACCAAACCCGACAAGUACCAGCUGCACCUCCACGAGAGCUGCGUCCUCUCCCUCAAAUUCGCCUCCUGCGGGAAGUGGUUCGUGAGCACGGGGAAGGACAACCUGCUGAACGCCUGGCGGACGCCCUACGGAGCCAGCAUCUUCCAGUCUAAAGAGUCCUCCUCGGUGCUGAGCUGUGACAUCUCCGUCAAUGACAAAUUCAUCGUUACGGGCUCUGGUGACAAGAAGGCCACAGUGUACGAGGUGGUGUACUGAGGUCCCGUCGGUCCCUGGCCCUUGUCCAUCGGGGAAGGGGCCAGGUCUUGCCCAAAGCCGCUGGGGCUGGCGGAGGCCUCCCAAGCUGGUCAGCCUUCUCUCAGCCCGGCUCUCCUCCUCCUCCUCCUCCUCUUCUUCCUCCUCCUUUUAGCCCCCAGACCAAGGUGUGGGCUGCGGCCCCGCUCCCCGCCCGGGGCAUCAUGGAGGUGAAGGGGAGCUGGAGGCGGGCGCUGGUCGGGGCCAGGCAUCCCCCAGGGUGGGCUGGGGCUGGUCGGGGGGUUCCGGGUCUGUCCCUUGUAGGGGGAGGCAGCGAGCCAGGGCCAGGAGUGACUGAGGUGGCGUUGCUCCUGAAAUAACUGCUACUGACUUAAUGGCCCCCCCCUUUUCUGCUGCGGAAACAGCUGUAAAUUAUCAGUAAAGAAAUGUAUUUAAUUGUGUUUUCAAUCCCUUACUAAUAAAA